AUGCAGAGCCCACUGCAGCAGCCGCUGCUGCCCCUGCUGCUGCCCGCCGCCCACCUCCUCUGCCUGUGCAGUGCAGCGCUGGCCGCGGCCCCGGGGCCCCAGUUUCUGGUGACAGCACCUGGGAUCAUCCGGCCUGGAGGAAAUGUGACAGUCGGGGUAGAGCUUCUGGAACACAGCCCCCCACAGGUCACUGUGAAGGCGGAGGUGCUCAGGAAAGCCAACAACCUCUCAGUCUCCGUGCUGGAAGCAGAAGGGGUCUUUGAAAAAGGGUCUUUCAAGACGCUUACUCUUCCAUCUAUACCUCUAAAUAGUAAAAAUGAGAUCUAUGAGCUUCACGUCACUGGAUAUGUCCAGGAUGAGAUUUUGUUCUCGAAUUUCACACGCUUAACAUUCGAGACCAAGAGAAUCUCUGUCUUCAUUCAAACGGACAAGCCCCUGUACAAGCCAAAGCAAGAAGUGAAGUUUCGUGUUCUCACCCUCUUCCCAGAUUUUAAGCCUUACAAAACUCCUUUAAACAUUCUGAUCAAGGAUCCAAAGUCAAACUUGAUUCAACAGUGGUUGUCAGUACGAAAUGAUCUUGGAGUCGUUUCCAAAACUCUUCAAUUAUCUUCCCAUCCAAUACUUGGUGACUGGUCCAUUCAAGUUCAAGUGAACGACCAGACAUAUUAUCAGGCAUUUCAGGUUUCAGAAUAUGUAUUGCCAACAUUUGAAGUGACUUUGAAGACUCCAUUAUACUUUUCUAUGAAUUCUAAGGAUUUACAUGGUACUGUCACAGCAAAGUAUACAUAUGGGAAACCAGUGAAAGGAGAUGUGACACUUAGGUUUUCACCUUUAUCCUUCUGGGGUGAGAAGAAAAAUAUUCACAAAAUUUUAAAGAUAGAUGGGUCUGCAAACUUCUCUUUUAGUGAUAAAGAAAUCAAAGAAGUAAUGGAUUUCUUGGAUGAACGUUUAGAGUACACGCAUGCAUCUCCUUUUGGUCCAGUAGAAAUUUUAGCGAUAGUGACAGAAUCACUCACAGGUAUCUCAAGAAAUGCAAGCUCCAAUGUCUUUAUUAAGCAACAUGAUUACAUCAUUGAAUUUUUUGACUAUCAUACUGCCUUGAAGCCAUCUCUUAACUUCACUGCCAAUGUGAAAGUAUUCCGCUCUGAUGACAAUCCACUGACUCUUGAAGAGAGAAAAAAUGAUGUAGUCAUAACGGUGACACAGUCGAAUCAUUCCAGCUACUCGAGCAGAGAGCACAGUACUGAUGAAAAGACAGUGGUCCAGACCAUAAAUUACACUGUGCCCCAGAGUGGAAUCUUUAAGAUUGAAAUCCCAGUCCUGCCUGAUAGCAAUGAGCUACAGUUGAAGGCCUCAUUUCUUGAUAGUGUAAACAAAAUGAAAGUUAAUGGCAUGUUUAAUUCUCCUAGUAAAACAUACAUCCAAUUACAAACAAGAGAAGAAGACAUAAAGGUGGGAUCACCUUUUGAACUGGUGGUUAUUGGUAACAAGCCAUUGAAGGAUUUAAGCUAUAUGGUAGUAUCCAGGGGACAGUUGGUUGCUGCAGGCAAGCAAAAUUCAACAACCUUCUCUUUAAUUCCAGAAAACUCCUGGGCUCCUAAAGCCUGUGUGAUUGUGUAUUAUGUUGAAAAGGAUGGGGAGAUUAUAAGUGAUGUUCUAAAAAUUCCCGUUGAGCUUGUUUUUAAAAGUAAGGUAAAUCUGUUUUGGAGCAAAGGUAAUGCGGAGCCAUCUGAGAAGGUCUCUCUUCGCAUCUCUGUGACACAGCCUCACUCUGUAGUUGGGAUCGUCGCGGUUGACAAAAGUGUGAAUCUGAUGAGUACGUCCAAUGAUAUUACGAUGGAAAAUGUGAUCCAGGAGUUGGAACUUUACAACACAGGAUAUUACUUAGGCAUGUUCAUGAAUUCUUUUGCAGUCUUCCAGGAAUGUGGCCUCUGGGUAUUUACAGAUGCAAACCUGACGAAGGAUUCAUCCGAUGGUAUUUAUGACACACACGAUUAUUAUCCUUGGAGAUUUAUGGACAAUGAAUAUGAGUUGGAAUUGCAAGAGUCUAAUGAAGCUUCUGCGUUUGACAAGCCACGGGUCAGGAAGCACUUUCCAGAGACUUGGAUUUGGCUCGACGCGGACAUGGGUUCUAGAACUUUACAAGAAUUUGAAGUGACUGUACCUGAUUCCAUCACUUCUUGGGUGGCAACUGCUUUUGUGAUCAAUGAUGAUUUCGGACUUGGACUAACAACGACCCCAGUGGAGCUACAAGCCUUCCAACCAUUUUUUAUCUUUCUGAAUCUUCCCUACUCUGUGAUCAGAGGUGAAGAAUUUGCUUUGGAAGUAACCAUAUUCAACUAUUUGAAAGAAGCAACGGAGGUUAAGGUAACCAUUGAGAAAAGUGACCAAUUUGAAAUUCUAAUGACGUCCAAUGAAGUCAACGCCACAAAGCAUGAGCAGACCAUUCUGGUUCCCAGUGAGGAUGGGAAAACUGCUUUUUUCCCUGUCAAGCCAACACAACUGGGGGAAAUUCCUAUCACAGUCACAGCUAUCUCGCCUGUUGCUUCUGAUGCUAUCACACGGAAGAUUCUUGUGAAGGCUGAAGGAAUAGAAAAGUCAUAUUCACAGGCUGUUUUAUUGGACUUGACUGACAGCAGUCUACAAACCACCACAAAAACUUUGGGUUUCUCAUUUCCUCCUAAUACAGUGAAUGGCAGUGAACGAAUUCAGAUCACAGCAGUUGGAGAUAUUCUUGGUUCUUCUAUCAAUGGUUUAGACUCACUAAUUCGUAUGCCCUAUGGCUGUGGUGAACAGAACAUGAUAAAUUUUGCUCCAAAUAUAUAUGUCUUGGAUUAUAUGACUAAAAGGAGACAACUGUCAGAAAAUUUAAAAGAAAAAGCCCUUUCAUAUAUGAGACAAGGUUACCAGAGAGAGCUUCUUUACCAGAGGGAUGAUGGCUCUUUUAGUGCUUUUGGAAAUGAAGAUAAAUCUGGAAGCACUUGGUUGUCAGCUUUUGUUUUAAGAUGUUUCAUUGAAGCGGAUCCUUACAUAGAUAUUGAUGAGAAUGUACUACACAGAACAUAUACUUGGCUUAAAAGACAUCAGAAAUCCAAUGGUGAAUUUUGGGAGCCUGGAAGAGUGAUCCACAGUAACCUUCAAGGUGGCACUAAAAGUCCAGUAACUCUUACAGCCUAUAUUGUUACUUCUCUCCUGAGAUAUAAAAAGUAUCAGCCUAAUAUUGACGUGCAAGAUUCUAUUAACUUUCUGGAAUCUGAAUUCAAUAGAGGAAUUUCAGACAAUUACACUUUAGCUCUUGUUACUCAUACUCUGUCAUUGGUGGAGAGUUUUAAAGCAAAGGAAGCUUUGGAUACGCUCAACUGGAAAGCAACUCGAGAAGGAGACGUGCAGUUCUGGGCCGCAUCAGUGUCCGAACAUCCUGACUCCUGGCAGCCGAGCUCCCAGGAUAUUGAAGUUUCAGCCUAUGCUCUGCUCUCGCACUUCCUGCAGCAUCAGGUCUCAGAAGGAAUUCCAAUUAUGAGGUGGCUGAGCAGGCAGAGAAAUAGCUUGGGAGGCUUUGUAUCUACCCAGGACACCGUUGUGGCCUUGAAGGCCCUAUCUGAAUUCGCAGCCCAAAUGAACACAGAAAGAACAAAUAUCCAGGUGAAUGUGUCGGGGCCAAGUUCACCAAAUCCUGUCAAGUUUGAGAUUGGAACACAGAAUCGCUUUGUUCUGCAGACAGCCGAGCUUGAAUUGGCACAGCCAACUGAAGUUGAUAUUUCUGCAAACGGCUUUGGAAUUGCCAUUUGUCAGCUCAAUAUUAUUUAUAAUGUGAAAGAACCAGACUCCUCUAGAAGAAAAAGGUCCAUCCAAACUCAAGAAGCCUUUGAUUUAGAUGUUGCUGUUCAUGAGAAUAAAGGUGAUACCAAUCACUUGAAUCUGAAUGUGUGCACAAGGUUUUUGGAACCAGAGAGGAGCGGCAUGGCUCUCAUGGAAGUUAACCUACUCAGUGGUUUUGCUGUGCCGUCAGAUACAAUUCCUCUCAGUGAAAUAGUGAAGAAAGUGGAGUAUGAUCAUGGAAAGCUCAACUUAUAUUUAGAUUCUGUAAAUGAAACCCAGUUUUGUGUUGAUAUCCCUGCUGUGAGAAACUUUAAAGUUUCAAAUAUACAAGAUGCUUCUGUGUCCAUCAUAGAUUACUAUGAGCCAAGGAGACAUGCAGUGAGAAGUUACAACUCCGAAGUGCAGCUGUCCUCCUGCGACCUCUGUGGAGACUCUCCCGGAUGCCUUUCCUGUGAGAACAGAGCCUCGGCCACUAUCUCUCAUUCCUUGAUCCUUUUGGUUUUGUCUUUCGUGUUUCUGAUCUCUUCGCAGCAUUGGCUGUGAUGGACUUUUUAAGGACUGAUUGUAACAUUUAGAAGUCACAUGUGAUUGUUUCAUUUUUGUAAUCAAAGAUUGCAUCUAUUUGGAGAGGUCACUUUUCCCCCCUUCCUGGGCUUAUAGGGUAGCAGGGAGGCAGAGUGGGUCUUCCCUUUGUCCGAGCAUGUCUGGACUCCGGAUGGGACAAAACGACACGGAAUGAAUGACAGAUCUCUGUUAUCUCCCCCUCUUAACAUGUUUUAGGACUGCGGUGGGGGAUGGGGGAGUGUUUGUUUCCUCCAGAAUAAAUGUUUCUGUUUUGGGUUUUUAGAUUAGUUAUUCUCUUUGCUUUUUUUUUUUUUUAGAAGAAAUGAACCUACUUUCUUAAACAUUUUGCACUGGUGUUGGUUGUAGUAUUCAAGAUGAAUUUCCUGGACUCUUUUCCAGAGAAAACAACUGGAAGAAAGAUCUUGUUCCCUUCUCUUUGCAUAUCUGCACUUGUCCUACAGC